GAAGAUGAAAAAAGUUAAAGUAUAUUAUGGUCAUGGUUUAAUACUCUCUGCGUAGUUUUUUAGCUGAGAGGUCUGAUAGUGGUCAACUGUAAUAUUCGACUAAACGACUUCCAUCAGAAAUUCAAUGAAAAUUAAUGGGAAUUAAAUCAAAAGGAUAUUUCUCCAUUUUUUUAGGAUUAUAACUGUGUGUUUUUGAAAGUCAUCAUGUCCUUUGCAUCUGAAGAAAUAAUCCCAUAUGAUCCUGAGAUUUAUCGAUCACCAGCGGAGUUAUACUCAUAUCUCACCAAUGUCGGAGAACUUCACGAUGAGCAUGGCUGGGAGUACCACUCUGACAGAGGCAUGCAUCAGAGUGACAUGUUGGAAAUCUCCUCACAAGGGAAUCACCUGACAGAGCUCCAGAAUGUCCAUUCCCAACAGCUCCUCCACCCUUAUCGCUACCCCGAUACCGACACCCUCCACCUGCCACUAGCAGACCCAGGACUGGGACCCCGAACCCUAACCUCACAGAUGCCGUACUACAACCACACAGUGUAUUACCAGCAACAGGCCCCUGUGUCCCCUAGUUACUACUGCUCAGAGGAGGAGGAGCCUGUGGGCCACAGUCCCCCACUGGAGGUAUCUGAGGGUGAAGAAGAGGACUAUGGAGACCAUGUCCCUUUUGGGGGAGACUCCAGUAGCAAGAGGAAGAUCCGGCUGUACCAGUUCCUCCUGGACAUGCUGAAGAACGGAGACAUGAAGGACAGUAUGUGGUGGGUGGACAGAGAGAAAGGAAUCUUCCAGUUCUCCUCUAAAAACAAGGAGACUCUGGCCAAUCGCUGGGGCACGCAGAAAGGGAACAGGAAGAGGAUGACAUAUCAGAAGAUGGCCAGGGCCCUGCGGAACUACGGCAAGACUGGAGAAAUCAGAAAGGUCAAGAAGAAACUGACCUACCAGUUCAGUCCGGAGGUACUGAGGAAAGUCUUAACUACAGAGAGGAGGCACUACCCUCACUAGGAGUACCAGAGAUGGUUAAUGUAAUGCCACUGUAUACCUGCUUUGGGAGUAGGCCUAACCUCACUGCUAUGUCUUGGAAAAUAGGACAAUAAUGACUGUCUACUGUAAUUGUAUUUCAUUACAUUUAAAAUGAUACCCCAGAAACAAUCAGGUAACAUUAAACAUGUUGAUGUUUAGAUUUUUGUUAUUGGUGUUUGCAUAUUCCAUGUGUAUGUAACGGAUGUGAAACGGCUAGCUUAGUUAGCGGUGUGCGCUAAAUAGCGUUUCAAUCGGUUACGUCACUUGCUCUGAGACCUUGAAGUACUAGUUCCCCUUUGCUCUGCAAGGGCCGUCCGUGGCUUUUGUGGAGCGAUGGGUAACGAUGCUUCGUGGGUGACUGUUGUCGUUGUGUGCAGAAGGUCCCUGGUUCGCGCCCGGGUAUGGGCGAGGGGGACGGACGUAAAGUUAUUCUGUUACAUUUAUUUAUUUACUUAACAAGUCGUCAUGUGUUACGUAAUCUCUUGACUCUAUCUUUGUGUCUGUGAUGGGGGGGGGGAAAAAAUGAAUAAAGUAUAUUUUUUACAUAUG